CUCAGUUGCAGUUGGAAAGUCGAGCCCGCUCCUCGUGGCCACUGUCUACUUUCUCGGCUUUCUCGGCAUUCUCGGCAUUCUUGGCUUUCUCGGCAAUGCUGUUGUGUUAGUUUGGACUGUUGUUGUGCGGCAUCGUUGGCUCCUGCUUUCACAGCCAUUCAGUCGAGUGCGUGGUCGUGAGCGAAUCGGUCGGGGAAUUGCUGGUGACAUCUGUCCCAUUCGCAGCCGCAUCCGCAUCCGCAUCCGUGUCCGUAUCCGUAUCCGAAACGGAGUCUGAAUCCGCAACCGAAUCCAAAUCCGAGUUUGCGAGAAAAAUAGCUGCUGGCAAGCAAGAAGCAAACAAACAAGCAAACAAACAAACAAACAAACUGCCAAAAAUGUGCGUUCUUUGCAUGGAAUGUGAAAUCAAUGAUAAAUCCUCGAACGCGUCGUAAAAUCACCUGCAAUCAUUUGUCGUCGCAGCGAUCAACUUUUUUUUUUUAAAGGUGUUAGCCACACAUAUAUAUAUAUAUAUGUAUAUAUAAAUCUACCUAUAUAUGCAUCAGUAAUUUUUUUUUGUACAAGUUCUGUGCCAUGUGCAGAGUGCCAUGCAUAAAGUUCCUUGAGCCAGCGAACACAAAUCGUUCGGUCAGGAGGCAAACCGAAAGAUAAAGAUUACUCUCAAUGGAUCUAGACAAUUCAUUCGUAUCUAUGCAAAUAUUAUGACUGAUGGGAUUGGCAUUUUCGAAUUCGACCAAAUGAAAAUGCGUCAAAUAAAACAAAAUACGAAGUGCACCGAAGGAUUAUUCCAGAGCCUGUCAAAAAUGGAUCGGCCUGUAGGAAGCGCACAAAACGGUUGCAAUUAACAAUUAAGAAAGUAUAUCAAUACAAUCAAAGCUGAGGAAUAUUAGACGUGUAAGGCGAUACAAUAUGAGAAGUCGAUCAAAAUUGGAAAGCUAACGAAAAGCGUGGGAUUAGAAGAAAGUCAAUGGAUGCAAAAAGUGGCUCGAAUGCGCACGAACAGUAGUAGACCGGAAAGCGAAAUUCGAUAAGCGAUUAUCGAUUAUCGACUAACGAUUAUCGAUUAUCAACACCAAUCAAAACAUCGAAACACCAAAACACACCGGACGGCAUCACAAUCAAAAUGCAAAACUAUGGAAGUGAACUUAAAGGAGGCUGAGUGCCACUAACUACUACUAACUACCAACUGCGCCACAACACCAACACCACCACCCCCCCCCUCCUCCAAAAGAUCUAGAUUGCGAAUAUAGGAUAUAGAAUAUUCGAACUCCAAGACUCAAGCGAGUUAUGAAGAAGCCAUCACGCAGUCGGCCAGACAAUCCAUCCUGCCCUGGUCAGGAUAGAACGAGAUCCAUGAGCUUCCCACAACCGCACUCAUUGCCGGAGGCCACUGCAAACGGUGGCAGAAUGCUGGUCUAUGGCCUGGGACUUUUAAUUAUGAUACCGGCUUGUGCGGCUGGACCCCAUGAGAAGCGGCUACUCCACGCCCUUCUGGACAACUACAACAGCCUGGAGCGUCCGGUGGUCAAUGAAUCCGAUCCAUUGCAACUGAGCUUCGGACUAACACUCAUGCAGAUUAUCGAUGUGGACGAAAAGAAUCAACUGCUUAUAACGAAUAUUUGGCUCAAAUUGGAAUGGAACGAUAUGAAUCUUCGAUGGAAUUCGAGUGAGUUCGGUGGUGUGCGGGAUCUGCGAAUUCCGCCACAUCGCCUAUGGAAACCGGAUGUACUGAUGUACAACAGUGCCGACGAGGGCUUCGAUGGAACGUACGCCACAAAUGUGGUGGUUCGCAAUAAUGGGAGCUGUCUGUACGUACCGCCAGGUAUAUUUAAGUCAACGUGUAAGAUCGACAUUACGUGGUUUCCAUUCGACGAUCAGAGAUGUGAAAUGAAAUUUGGUUCGUGGACCUACGAUGGGUUUCAGUUGGACCUGCAGUUGCAGGACGAAGCUGGUGGCGACAUUUCUAGCUUUAUAACCAAUGGCGAAUGGGACUUGUUAGGUGUGCCCGGUAAACGAAAUGAAAUCUACUAUAAUUGCUGCCCAGAACCUUAUAUUGACAUAACAUUCGCCAUUUUGAUAAGGCGCAAAACGUUGUACUAUUUUUUCAAUCUGAUUGUGCCGUGCGUACUGAUCGCCUCCAUGGCACUGCUAGGGUUUACACUGCCACCAGAUUCUGGUGAAAAGCUUUCGCUUGGAGUUACAAUUCUAUUAUCGCUUACAGUCUUCCUCAACAUGGUGGCCGAAACAAUGCCGGCGACCUCCGAUGCGGUACCGCUGCUCGGAACUUAUUUCAAUUGCAUUAUGUUUAUGGUGGCCUCAUCAGUUGUGUCAACCAUACUUAUCCUCAAUUAUCAUCAUAGAAAUCCAGAUACGCAUGAAAUGAGUGAAUGGAUAAGAGUAAUAUUCCUUUAUUGGUUACCUUGCAUAUUGCGCAUGCAAAGACCCGGACAGGUUGGCUACGAAUGUCCGCCGCCGCCCUCUUCUUCGAGUUCCUCCGCAUCCGGCGAGAAGAAGCAACAGAUCCAAAACGUUGAGCUCAAGGAGAGAUCCUCCAAGUCUCUGCUGGCCAAUGUGCUCGAUAUAGACGAUGAUUUCCGAUGCAAUCAUCGAUGUGCCAGCGCGACUUUGCCCCACCAGCCCACAUAUUACAGGACGAUGUACAGGCAAGGGGAUGACGGCAGCGUGGGACCCGUGGGACCAGCUGGUCCAGUUGUGGACGGGCGUUUGCACGAGGCCAUUUCCCACACCUGUCUGACAUCCUCUGCGGAGUACGAACUGGCGCUGAUACUCAAGGAGCUGCGUUGGAUAACAGAACAGCUCAAAAAAGAGGACGAAACAAGCGACAUUACGCGAGAUUGGAAAUUUGCUGCCAUGGUCGUCGAUCGUUUGUGCCUUAUUAUUUUCACCUUGUUUACUAUUAUAGCAACCCUCGCUGUACUCUUCUCAGCGCCGCAUUUCAUUUUCCCGUAAGCGAAGGAGCGAUGCUGGGAAAAGCGGGGAAAAGCGGGAAAAGUGGAAAAUAGGUGGAGAAAUGGAGCGGAAAGUGACAGGUGCUGGUCGGCCAGAGGAGUUUUGCGGUUGUAUUGUGAAAUAUAUGAAGCCAAUCAAAAUAUUAGGAACAGAAGAGAACACAAAUUCAACAGCCCGAAUCUAAGCUUUUCAAACUGAAAUACUUUGACAGUCAAAGAGUUUUGCUAUUCAACAUUUUUAUACUUUUAAAGAUGUGUCUGAUGGUUAUAAAAAUAUUACAAUGAAUUGAGAUAGUAACGUAUGUACGUAUGUGAAUGCAUUUUGUAUUGAAAACAAAAAAAGAAAACAAAAAAAAAACACCAAAAACACCAAACGAAAAGCAAAUAAAAGUCGAUAUAAUACAAUAAAUUUCCGGGCAAACAUAAAUGUACGUUGCCGUGUACAUUCAACUUGCCCCUUAGAUACAAAGCAGAGGUUUCUAUAUCUAAAACGAAAAUCGAAAAUUGCAAAACGCUCGUAGAAUUGCAAUCCACCUGCCCCCUCAUUUAACCGAUUUGAACAGAUAAAAUGACAUUUAAGGAUAUAUACAUAUAGAUAUGUAUGUGUAUAUAUACAGCUUCACACUGUUGUUCAACUGAAUUAUAGUAUCUAAAUACUAUAAAAAAAAAAAAUAUAUAGUCUGUAUGUAGAAUUCGAGGCAUUUUGAAACUUAUGUUCACUUUGUACUGCAUAUUGGUUUUAUCAAGUUUUACCCCUACUUUCGAUCCCAUGCUAUUACAUUUUGAUAGACAAAGAACUGUAUACACAGAUGUGGUGUGUUGCUAUGAUAUAAAAAUUAUAAAAGACAAAAGACUAGCAAUACGCAAAUCAAUCACAAGCAAAUCAAAUGCAAAUUGAACGCAAGCAAAAGUGAAUAGUGGAUAGUGGAUAGUGGAUAGUGAAUAGUGGAUAGUGAAUAAUGAAUGAAUUGCUGCCGAGGCAAGGAUGGAAGUACACUUCAAUAGGAGAAUGUCAUUUAUCUGAAAUGAUCGCACAAUAAAUUCAUAGAUACUAACAAGUCGAAAUUAAAACGCAGCUGGACAACAACAACAAAACAUAGUUGUGAAAUGCUAAACAAAACCAGGCUAACAAAUGCAUACAAGAAUACUAUUGACAAACAAAAAAAAAAAAAACAGAAACAGAAACAAUACUUGCUAAAAUUAUCGAAUUGCACUCUGCAAAUAACCAAAUGAAAACAGUAAAAAGAUACAAGAAACAAGAAAGAUAUGCAGUGCCGAUGUGCACGAGUACGAGUACACAGGGAGAAAUAAUUGCUAGCCAUUAGAGGAAAUGAAAUACAUACAAUACAUAGAUGCCUAUAGCUACAACACAUACAUACAUACAUACAUACAUAUAUGAUGGUAUCAUACUAUAUCACACCCAAUUCAUCAUGUCUUUCCUGCUGAUCGUUCAGCGGUUAAACGGUGCUUCAAUAUAUACGGGUGCUUCAUAACUAGGCGCCAACAUAAAUUUUUAACUUGUAUAGUUAAUGCUAAUUGGCGAAUGAAAUGAAAUCAAUCAAAAGAGGAUUCUGUAGAACAUAAAGCAAUUUAAACGCAAUGAUAGUGUAGUCAAUUUUUCGAGUCCAAGCAGCAUCUCGACAAAUUUUAGGCAUUCAAAUUCGACCCAUUUGACAAUUUGCAACUGGGCGAAAUACAUACAUAUACAUAUAUGUAUGUAUAUGUUGGCGAUCAUUAUAUAGCCGAUAUUUGUAGCGCUUUUGUCAGUAUUUUCCGAUCAGUGAUACAUUGCGGAUUGCCUUCCACGUUGUCACUUCGCAAACUUCGCAAAUGAGGAAAAGCCCACACUUCGCUGGCAAACAAAAGUUAUCUUUUCUAUCCGAGUACACUGACUUAAAAACUUAUCUUAAAAAGAUGAAGCCAACAUAACAUCAUUUGGAGGAAAACCAUAAGCUAAAAUUGUAUGAUAAUGUUAAACACAAGUAUAAAGUUAACUAUUUUUAAAUGAAAACAAAAAAAAGAAGCAAACUGAGUGUCAACAGCAACGAAUGCCGAAUAUAAAGAGCGUUAAAUGAAGUUAUUUCAAGAGAGUAUAGUUUUCAGAACAGAAGAAGAAGAAGAAGAAGGAUCGAUUGCAGAUAUUCAUGGAUACGAAAGAAAUAUAUAUCACUACAGUCAAACUUCCAUAACUCAGGCUUCUUCUCUAUUUGUAGUCGAAGAACUAUUUUCGUUGGCAACAAUCUAAAUCUAAAAAAUGCCUCCAAUCAAUGACCCAAUCAUGGGUAAUAAUAAUCGAAUUUCUUUUUUUUUUUUUUUGUUUUUUUUUGCUGCCAGAUGGCGGUUUGUGUUAUCGAAGUUCGACUGUAUCUUUGAAUUUCCAAAAAAAAAAACAAAAUAAAUAAACAAGUGCAAGCUAGAAUACAAGUUAGAUUUAACACAUUUUUAAACUAAAAUUAAAACAGCAAAAAGUUAACAGAAAAUUCAUGAGAACCGUAAAAAUUUAGAAUAAACAAAAAAUAUGUAAGACCGAAACUGGAAACAAUAAAAUGUUUACAUUUUAGCUAGUGCAAAUCGGGACAAUUUCAAUUUGAAAAAAAAGAAAACCAGGAAUAAUCAAUGGGAUAUUUUACAAAGAUAG